UGGCAAGGUGCUGCUGAGGCCCCGGACCUCCCAGGAGGUGGCUCACAUCCUCAGGUACUGUCAUGAGAGGAACCUGGCUGUGAACCCGCAGGGGGGAAACACGGGCAUGGUGGGGGGCAGCGUGCCUGUCUUUGAUGAGAUCAUCUUGUCCACCGCCCAGAUGAACCAGGUCAUCAGCUUCCACAGCGUGUCAGGGACCCUGGUGUGCCAGGCGGGCUGUGUCCUGGAGGAGCUCAGCCGCUACGUGGAGGAGAGAGGCUUCGUCAUGCCCCUGGACCUGGGGGCCAAGGGCAGCUGCCACAUCGGGGGGAACGUGGCGACCAACGCUGGUGGCCUGAGGUUUCUGCGCUACGGCUCACUGCAUGGGACUGUCCUGGGCCUGGAAGUGGUACUGGCCGACGGCACCAUCCUGAACUGCCUGACCUCUCUGCGGAAGGACAACACGGGCUAUGACCUGAAGCAGCUCUUCAUCGGGUCGGAGGGCACACUGGGGGUCAUCACGGCUGUGUCCAUCCAGUGUCCGCCCAAGCCCACGGCGGUGAACGUGGCUUUCGUCGGUUGUCCAGGCUUUGCUGAGGUUUUGCAGACCUUCAGCAGCUGCAGGGGGCUGCUGGGUGAGAUCCUGUCCGCGUACGAGUUCCUGGAUGCCGAGUGCAUGCGGCUGGUCACGCACCACCUGCGCCUCACCAGCCCGGUGCAAGAAAGUCCGUUCUAUGUCCUCAUCGAGACCUCAGGCUCCAGAGCGGAGCACGAUGCUGAGAAGCUGAGUGACUUCCUGGAGCAGGUGCUGAGCUCCGGCCUGGUGACGGACGGGACCCUGGCCACGGACCAGAUGAAACUCAAGGUGCGUGGGUGUUGCUGGUGCCUCCUUGCGUCCCUCGCGCUCAGCUGGUCCAGGACUCUGCGCAGGGCCCCGUGUUCAGCUCAGAGCGCGUGGUGUCUGAACGUGAGCAGGUGUCCUGCCUCUUGGGAAAUGUACUUUGGGUCUCGUCAUUAUCAGCGGUGCUUCCAGGCCGUUUUCCUCCUGGCCCUGACCAUGCUCCUGCUGACCGGCAUCCUGCACAUGGACAUGGGGCAGCUCACACACCUGCUUGGGGGCCAGGCCGAGGGGCCGCCCAUCAUCAAUGUCAUGUUCCUCAAGACACACAAGACGGCCAGCAGCACGGUGCUCAACAUCCUCUUCCGCUUCGCGGAGACACACAACCUGUCUGUGGCACUGCCCGUGGGCUCGCGCUUCCACCUGGGCUACCCCUGGCUCUUCCUGGCGCGCUACGUGGAGCGCUCCAAGUUCCACGGGCCACAGCAGCGUUUCAACAUCAUGUGCAACCACCUGAGGUUCAACCUGCCCGAGGUGCAGAAAGUCAUGCCCAACGGCACUUUCUACUUUUCCAUCGUCAGAAACCCCGUCUUCCAGCUGGAGUCCUCCUUCACCUACUACAGGGACUAUGUCCCUGCGUUCAGGCACGUGGAGAGCCUGGACGCCUUCCUGGCCUCCCCCUGGACCUACUACAACCAGAGCGCGGGCUUGUACAACGCCCCGGCCAGGAACCACAUGUGGUUCGAUCUGGGCUUCGACAACGACGCGCAGGCGGACGACGAGGGCUACGUGCGCGCGCGCCUGGCCGACGUGGAGCGGCGCUUCCAGCUGGUGCUCAUCACGGAGCACUUCGACGAGUCCCUGGUCCUGCUGCGGCACCUGCUGCGCUGGCGGCUGGACGACGUGGUGGCCUUCCAGCUCAACUCGCGGAGCACGCGCAGCGUCGCCAGCCUGACGCCUGAGGGCCAGGCGCGCGCCAAGCGCUGGUGCGCCCUGGAUUGGCGACUCUACCAGCACUUCAACCGCACCUUCUGGGCCCGCGUGCACGCCGAGCUGGGCCCGCGGCGCCUGCGCUCCGAAGUGGCGCGACUGCGCGCGCGGCGGCGCGAGCUCAUGGCGCGGUGCCUGCAGGACGGCGUGGCCAAGAACAAGUCGCAGAUCACCGACCCCCAGCUGCGCCCCUUCCAGUCGGGUCAGGCCGACAUCCUGGGCUACAACCUCAGGCAGGGCCUGGACAACCAGACGCAGUGGAUGUGUCAGAGGAUGGUCAUGCCUGAGCUGCAGUACACGACCCGUUUGUAUGCCCUGCAGUUCCCAGAAAAGGACCCCAAACACAUACCCUUCCUGGAGUAGAAGGACAGCGCCAGGGACAGGGUCCCCGUCCCAGCCCCUCCUCUCCCCCUGUCAUCCCUGGGAGACCAUGGCACCAAUUCGUGAGGAGGGGGGCUCCUGGGACAGCUGCUGGUCAGGGUGAAGACCCCUCUGAAGGCACCCACCUGUGAUCCAUCCUCUUGGAGGCACUGAGAACCCCACUCUGGGACAGUAGGCACACUCGGUCCGAGGGUAUGAACCUGGUUAACAGGUAGAAAAGACUUACAAGGUGGGAAGGUCACUGAUACUAAAUUACAAGUUGACAAACUGCCCCGGGAAAGAACACACGUAGGCACAUUGACCAUCAGAAGAACUCGAACCCAGGGGAUCCAGAGGGCCUUGGGCAGCAGGGCUGGGAGUCCCCGAAGGACCCCAGGUGGCUCCCUGAAUGUGCUGGCUGUGGGACAUGAUGCUGGUCACAGAGACCUUGUGGGACACCCACUGGCAGCCCUUGGAAGCUGGUAUGAGGCAGUAAGGAUCUGGAAUGUUCAGCUUCCCAUCUAGGGCUGGAUGAAGCUUCUUCGCAAGUAAAGAAUGGCUUUAGGUUGAGAAAUGUUGAAACUGCUUACGAGACAAAUGGUUUAACCGGAGCGAAAGCUGAGGAUUCGUGCCACAGCUCCCUGUUGGGGUAGCCCCCCUGGAAUGUGUGGCAUCUGACCUGCUAGAGGAGCUCCCAUGGACCUACAGCAGACCCCGUUGUCCUGGAGACCACCUUGGAUGCAGUCCCAGAGGAGGUGGCUUCCAGGCACCCCUGUUUGUCAAUUGCAGGGAGGGACUGAGGGUCCCCUGCCUAGUAGGACGUGAUCCUGGCUGCCUGGGGGCCCAGAGGUUAGAGUGGGGUGCAUACCAGUGGCGUAGACCCUGUGUCCCUUCUGCCCAGUACCCACAGUCUUCUUCCUUCCACGUGAGGGUCCUCAGCCGUGAAGACCCCAGGAGCCUGGCCGGGGCACCUGGGGAGGGGCUCCAUGUGUAGGCCCUCGCACGAGUCGUCCCGGCCAGCCUGCCAGCCAGGGUGAGGGAGACAGGUGGCCACCCCCGUCCCCGCCACCACGGCAGGGCGUCUGUUCUGGCAUACCGAUCAGGACCACGGAGUUACAGUAGAAAUCUGAGGGUGUUUGCUCUGCCCUUGUGGCUGGCAGGAACGUAGACUGGUUCUGUCUCUUUGGGAGGAAAUUCGGGGUUAUUUAUUACAGUGUAAAGUGCGUGUGGUUUGCAAGAGAGCUCGGAAAACAGCCCACUCGGGAACUCCAUCCAGAAGGGAGGUUUCAAAUGCUGAAGUCGUCUGCAGCCGAUAAACGUUGGGAGCACUGAGUCUGCAGAA